AUUUCAAAUAUUCAACAAAAUCAGGGACUAUUUUGGAAGGAUCUCUUGCUAACAUCUUCAUCCGUGUCCCCGCAAGAUGCCAAACCGUCACUUGUGUUGAAGAAGCUUGAUGAAGAUUCGUUGCUUUCUUACGAAACUCGCGGCAUUAAGAUUUCCUGAAAGUGGUGGUGAUCACAUCAGUUGAACAGCUCCGCCUCCCCCAACUCAAAAUGAACCUCAACUUUAAUACUUCUUCGUCCGUGGUCCGCCUUAACAUCGGGGGCAAAAAGUUUUGUACAACAAUCGAUACAUUGACUCAGCGUGAGCCUGAUUCAAUGCUUGCCGCAAUGUUCAGUGGUCGCCACGCAGUCCAUCAAGAGUCUGACAAGGGGUAUGUUUUUGUUGAUAGGGAUGGGACAUAUUUUCGGCAUAUUUUGAAUUGGCUGAGGGAUGGCGUAGUUCCUACUUUGAAGGAUUCUGAAUAUUCGGAGCUUUUACGAGAGGCUGAAUAUUUCCAGCUUCUUGGACUGAUAGAUGGAAUUAAGGCAUCUUUGAUCAAGAGGAAGGAGGAUGAGGAGAUGAGUACUGAACUAAAACGUAUUGAUAUUAUUAAAUGCAUACAGUCCGAGAGGGUCAGGUUUCGAGGACUCAAUCUAUCUGGGCUUGAUCUUUCUAAGCUGGAUCUAUCAUUUGUGGACUUCAGUUAUGCAUGUCUGAGAAAUGUGUUCUUCUCACGCGCCAACCUUCAAUGUGCCAAGUUCAGGGAUGUGGAUGCUGAGGCUUCCAUAUUUCACAAUGCAACUUUGCGAGAAUGUGAGUUCACUGGAGCUAAUCUCCGUGGAGCUCUGUUAGCUGGAGCCAACCUCCAGAGUGCAAAUCUACAAGAUGCUUGUUUGGUGGACUGUAGCUUCUGUGGAGCAGAUUUGCGUUCUGCUCACCUGCAGACUGCUGAUCUUACCAAUGCCAACCUAGAAGGAGCUAAUCUUGAAGGAGCCAAUUUGAAGGGUGCAAAGUUAACUAAUGCUAAUCUGAAAGGUGCAAAUCUACAGAGAGCUUAUCUGCGACAUGUAAAUCUUCGCGAUACAGAUUUGGAAGGUGCAAAACUUGACGGUGCCAAUUUGUUAGGAGCAAUCAGGUGACAUGCUCUCUUCCAUCCCUAUUCUCUCCCACCUGAUCAGCAUUUGAAACCCACCGAAUACAACGUGCACUAUAAAUAUGUGGGUCCGUAAAUUAGGGUAACAUAGGUGUGGGUUUGUGUAUAAACCGUGCUGCUUAUUUAUUCUGAACAUCGUUUAAUAGCAAGACAACUCUACUUCAACUGUCAAACUGAUGUAUAUUCACUCUUACUACUACAAAAUAAUAUAAUAUAUAUAUUUGGAAACAGCGGACUCUGAAU